AUGCAGAGAAUAAAAGUGAUUUCGGGGCAUUUGUGUCCGUCCGAUACGGGCAAAUGGAAAAUAAGGCCAAAUGAGUGCGCUGUGGCCGGUGGCCCGGACGAUGUGGUGGUCGUUCAUGGCCUGAGGAGCGCCAUCGGAAAGGCCAAGCGCGGAAAUUUUAAGGACACCACACCUGAUGAGCUGCUGAGUGCUGUGAUGAGCGCCGUGCUGAAUGACGUCGGCCUGUCUUCUCAGCUGCUGGGUGACGUGUGUGUGGGAAAUGUGCUGCAGCCUGGCGCCGGUGCUCUGAUGGCCCGUGUGGCUCACUUCCUCAGUGGCUUCUCUGAGUCGGUGCCUGUCUACACGGUCAACAGGCAAUGCUCGUCUGGCCUACAGGCGCUGCUUAACAUUGCAGGUGCUAUAAGGAGUGGCUCUAUCAACUUGGGCCUUGCCUGUGGCGUGGAGAGCAUGUCACUGCGCUCCAUCGGGAACCCUGGAGACCUGAGCUCCAGGCUCGUGGACAAUGAAAAGGCCAGAGACUGCAUCAUCCCCAUGGGCAUCACGUCAGAGAACGUUGCAGAGAGGUUUGGUGUGUCCAGAGAGAAGCAGGAUGUCUUUGCUGUGACAUCGCAGCAGAAGGCGGCGCGGGCGCAGCAGUCGGGUCUGUUUGACCAGGAGAUCGUUCCCAUCGUCACCAAGCUGGUAGACCAGGAUGGCACAGAACGGCAGGUGACAGUUGCUAAGGAUGAUGGGAUCCGAGCGGGAACGACACUGGCAGGUCUCAGCAGACUGCGACCCGCUUUCAAGCCCGAUGGCACCACCACGGCCGGCAACUCCAGCCAGGUGAGCGAUGGGGCUGCCGCUGUUCUGCUGGGCCGCAGGUCCACAGCGGAGGCACUGGGUCUGCCGGUCCUCGGAGUCCUGAAAGCUAGUGCUGUGGUGGGGGUCCCUCCUGAUGUGAUGGGUGUCGGCCCGGCUGUUGCCAUCCCUGCUGCUCUCAAGAAGGCAGGACUCAACGUGGCCGACAUCGACGUGUUUGAGAUCAAUGAGGCCUUCGCCAGUCAGGCUGUGUACUGCAUCGAGAAGUUGGGCAUCCCGCCAGAAAAGGUGAACCCAAACGGGGGCGCCAUUGCUCUGGGUCACCCACUGGGCUGUACCGGCGCCCGCCAGGUGGUGACACUGCUGCAUGAGCUGCGGCGCCGCGGACGAAGGGCCUAUGGCGUCGUGUCCAUGUGCAUCGGUACCGGGAUGGGAGCGGCUGCCGUCUUUGAAUACCCGGGCCCGUAAAGAACCACGUUCCAGAAACGACAAGGAUUUCAUCAUCUGAUCUUUUGGACCAGAACAUUUCAGGAUUGUAAUAAAAGCAACUUAAAAAAAAGAAGAUUCACAAAAGCUUCACUCUAGAAUGUCUCACAGGAGCGAUCACAUCUUUUAUGUCUACAUGAUGUAAUAAAUCCAUGCUAAUUAGCUGCAUGUCAUGAAUGAAGUAGUUGUCGAAUGUGUUGGCUUGAUAAAGGUUCUGUACAAAGAGGCGGUCCAGUCAGUCAAAGGAUCUUGGCUUUCUUCCGGGCCUGAAACUGUUCCGUUUUGCUCUUAAUGGACUUAACAAGCUGAGACAAGCUAGGCUCCAUCGCUUGUUUCUGCGAGGUGGCGUCCGCUGGUGUCGCAGCGUCAUGCUCUUUAGCCCGCUUCUUCGGCGCUGCUCCCUCCAUCUUGAGAAGUUCUUCCUCCUGGCGGCGCCGCUGCUUCUCGUCCAGAAUGCUCUGCGUGGCUUUGGUCUUCUUGUAGCUGGGGUGGGACGGGUCCAGAUUGAAGAGAUGGGACGUGAAAAUGGCCUGGAAGCGAGGGUCCUUCACGUCCACCUGAAGACAAAACGACGCCUGGGUUAAUAAACAAGAUGGAUGCCAUGACAGGGUUGAUCAGAGCGAAUUUUGACCUGGAAGUCAUCGUCAGUCAGCUGCUGGCCGCUCUUGAUCAUCUUCUUUUUCUUCUUCUUGCUCAGGUUCUGAUGCUCCACAAUCUUGUCAUAGUUGAAGUGUUUGUGCUGUUCAUCGUCAUCCAUCAGCAGCGUCAUUGCAGCCUACACACACACACACACAUCAAUCACUCACGUCAAUAAAUCAUUGAACAGCAAUAAUGUCAUAUUCUGGAAAUGCCCUCUGACUUUUUGCCUCUCCAGCUCUUCUUCAGCCAUGCCCUCAUCUUCCUCCUGGUUCUUCUUCAUCUUAUCUUUGUGUUUUUUCUUCUUGGUGUCUGAGGAGCAUCAGCAGACAAUCAGAACUUCCACUUGUCUUCUGGACAUGCUAAAGGUGGCGUUGCGCACCUGAGGACGUGAGCUCCUGGCUGAAGAAGGGGUCACUGAGGUUGACGUCAGGAGGAAGGUCAUCAUCGCUGAUCUCCUCCUCAUCUGCUUCCUGUGAAGCCAUCGAGAGGAGACGUGAAGAUGACGUUAACGUGCUAACAUGAGAAGGCUCACCUUAUGGUCUUUCUUCUUCUGUUUCUUCUUGUCUUUCUUCUUCUGCAGGAACUCCUGCCAUGGCGUCAGCGCCUCCUUCUUCUCCAUCUUCUUCUUCACUAGCUGCUCCGUCGUCUCCUUCAGCCCUGAAGAGCCCAACCAGGCGGCAACAGCAGCUUCAUCUGGCGGUACUUGGACAGCUGCUCCUCGCUCUUCUUCUUCUUCUU